GGUGAGUCCACAGCUGACACCACUGUUACUCUUGAAAUCUUCAUCAAUGGAAGAUGGGAAUAAUAAUAACAUUAGAGAAGCAUUAUUAUUGGUGAAGAAAGAAGACGUGUAUUAUGAGAAUUGCCCUGGUUGCAAGGUUGAUAAAGCCAAACACCUCACAAAUGGAAUCUCAAUUCGGAAUCUUCUUUAUAUAUGGCUUGCAGUCUUAUGUGGAACGCUGCCUGUGUGUUCUCUCUUUCCAUUUGUUUAUUUCAUGGUAAAAGAUUUUCAUAUUGCAGAAAGAGAGGAAGAUAUCAGUUCCUAUGCUGGUUAUGUGGGAUCUUCAUUCAUGCUGGGGAGAGCUCUAACAUCUAUAUUAUGGGGAAUGGUAUCUGAUCGUUAUGGUAGAAAACCCGUUAUUAUUUUCGGUGUUAUUACUGUUGUGAUAUUCAACACAUUAUUUGGGCUCAGCACAAAUCUUUGGAUGGCUAUUAGCAUGAGAUUUCUACUUGGAAGUUUAAAUGGUUUGCUUGGACCAAUAAAAGCUUAUGCUACUGAGAUUUGCAGAGAAGAACACCAAGCUAUUGGACUCUCAACCGUUGUUGCAGCUUGGGGAGUAGGUUUAGUCGUUGGACCAGCAUUGGGAGGUUAUCUUGCUCAGCCAGUAGAGAAAUACCCAAAUAUAUUUCCAAAGAAUUCCUUUUGGGAUAAGUUUCCAUAUUUCUUGCCCUGCUUCAUAAUAUCAGUUUUUGCAUUUGUGGUAGCAAUUGCAUGCAUUUGGCUUCCGGAGACACUUCACAACCACAAAGAUAACAAUAAAUCCAUUGAUAAAGCUGAAGCUUUAGAAGGUGGAAGUAAUAAUGAUGAUGAAGCUGAAGAAGAAAAAAGUAUCUUCCAAAAUUGGCCUUUAAUGUCCUCUGUCAUUGUCUACUGUGUUUUCUCACUUCAUGACAUUGCUUAUCAAGAGGUAUUCUCAUUAUGGGCUGUUAGUCCACGAAGGCUGGGUGGUUUGAAUUUUACAACUGAUAAUGUUGGUACUGUUCUUGCAAUUUCAGGUAUUGCUAUUAUAAUAUACCAGCUAAGCCUAUACCCAAUGGUGCAAAAAACUUGUGGGCCCGUUACUCUUGCUCGUUUCACAGCGGUGUUAAGUAUACCAUUGUUGCAAAGUUAUCCUUUCAUGAGAAUGUUAUCAGGCUUCACACUCUAUGCAGUUAUAAGUUCUGCUUCCAUUCUCAAAAGUCUUGCAACUGAAACAAUUGCAACCGGUUUGUUCAUUCUGCAAAAUAGAGCAGUGGAACAACAUCAAAGAGGGGCAGCAAAUGGCAUUGCCAUGACUGCUAUGUCUGCAUUCAAAACAAUUGGCCCAGCUGCAGGUGGUGCAUUGUUAACUUGGUCUCAGAAGCGACUAGAUGCCUCUUUUCUCCCUGGGACGCAUAUGGUAUUCUUUAUCCUUAAUGUUGUUGAAGGAGUUGGGGUGCUGCUCAUGUUUAAACCAUUCUUGAGUGUAAAGAAGUAAACUUAAUUUGUGCAAGCAAUGGGAUUAGAAUUAACACUUGCAUUUAUUUUGAGUUCUUCAUAGAUUAUUAUUAUUAUUAUUAUUAUUAUUAUUAUUAUUAUUAUUAUUAUU